GCGGCGCCAAGUGCUGAGUCACGGCCCGACGCCGCCAUCACGUGUGGCGCCGGGCACGGGCUGGCCGCCGCCGCCGCUUCUUCUGCCGCUGCCCCUCGCGGCUCGCCCCGCAGCCCUGCUCCUGUCCCCGUCCCCGUCCCUAUCCCUGCCACCCUGCCCGGCCCGGCAUGGGGCUGCUGUCGCAGGGCUCGCCGCUGAGCUGGGAGGAGACACGGCGACACGCCGAGCACGUGCGGAAGCACGGCAUCCUGCAGUUCCUGCACAUCUACCGCGCCCUGCGCGACCGCCACAAGGACGUCCUCAAGUGGGGCGACGAGGUGGAGUAUAUGCUAGUAAAAUUUGACCAUGAGAAUAAGAAAGUACGCUUACUGCUGUGUGGCGAAGAAGUUCUUCAGACGCUGCAAGACAAGGGGGAGAAGAUAAACCCCAACCACCCAACGCUCUGGCGACCAGAAUAUGGAAGCUAUAUGAUUGAAGGGACACCUGGGCAGCCAUAUGGAGGAACCAUGUCUGAAUUCAACACUGUACAAGACAACAUGAGGAAAAGGAGGCAAGAGGCUGCCUCUGUGCUGAAAGAAAAUGAGGCCGUUUGCACUGUGACAUCUUUUCCAAGGUUAGGGUGUCCUGGAUUUACGGUGCCAGAAUAUAAGCCAACGCCAGUAGAAGGAGGAGCUUCAAAGUCUCUCUUCUUUCCAGAUGAAGCCAUCAAUAAACAUCCUAGGUUUAGUACACUGACAAGAAAUAUCCGGCACCGAAGAGGAGAGAAAGUUGUCAUAAAUGUACCAAUAUUUAAAGAUAAGAACACGCCGUCACCAUUUAUCGAAACAUUUCCCAACGAUGAUGGAGAAGCAGCAAAAGCAGCUAAACCAGACUAUAUCUAUAUGGAUGCUAUGGGUUUUGGAAUGGGCAACUGCUGUCUUCAGGUGACAUUCCAGGCUUGCAGCAUUUCUGAAGCGAGGUAUCUCUAUGAUCAGCUAGCCACAAUCUGUCCCAUUGUGAUGGCAUUGAGUGCUGCAUCUCCGUUCUACAGAGGCUAUGUGUCUGAUAUUGAUUGUCGCUGGGGAGUAAUCUCUGCAUCUGUAGAUGAUCGAACACGAGAAGAGAGGGGGCUGGAGCCACUGAAGAACAACCAUUAUAGAAUCAGUAAAUCCAGAUAUGAUUCCAUAGACAGUUAUCUAUCUGAAUGUGGUGAGAAAUACAAUGACAUUGAUUUGACAAUAGACAAAGAUAUCUACGAGCACCUAAUAAAGGAAGGUAUUGACCACCUUUUGGCACAGCAUAUUGCACACUUGUUCAUUCGAGACCCACUGACUUUGUUUGAGGAGAAAAUACAUCUUGAUGAUGCAAAUGAAUCUGAUCAUUUUGAGAACAUACAGUCUACAAACUGGCAGACAAUGAGAUUUAAGCCACCUCCUCCAAAUUCGGAUAUAGGAUGGAGAGUGGAAUUCAGGCCUAUGGAGGUCCAGUUAACAGACUUCGAAAACUCUGCAUACGUUGUGUUUGUGGUACUGCUAACCAGAGUGAUUCUGUCAUACAAACUGGAUUUUCUCAUUCCUUUGUCCAAGGUGGAUGAAAAUAUGAAGGUGGCCCAGAAAAGAGAUGCUGUCCGGCAGGGAAUGUUUUACUUCAGAAAGGAUAUUUGCAAAGGUGGAAAUGUCGUCGUGGAUGGAUGUGGCUCUGCGCAGAAUGGGACAGGCACAGACACAGAAGAGUACAUCUUAAUGAGCAUCGAUACAAUUAUCAAUGGGAAGGAGGGAGUCUUUCCUGGUUUGAUCCCAAUUUUGAAUUCUUACCUUGAAAACAUGGAAGUGGACGUGGACACAAGAUGCACCAUCCUAAACUACCUGAAGUUAAUAAAAAAGAGAGCAUCUGGAGAGCUGAUGACAGUUGCCCGAUGGAUGAGGGAGUUCAUCGCACAGCAUCCAGACUACAAGCAAGACAGCGUGAUAACAGAUGAGAUGAAUUACAGCCUUAUCUGGAAGUGCAACCAGAUCGCACAAGGCCAGGCGGAGUGCCCUGAACUGUUGGGGGUAGGAUUUAACAAGAAACAAAGCGGAAACAAAACCGGCUCUUUGUAAUGAAUGUUUCUCAGAUAUUAGAAAGUUCAAGCCUUUUAGCAAAGCACUAGCUAAGAUACUGUGAAUCUGAUACAGCUUCAUGGUGUGAAGACCAAAACAGGGAUACUGCACUAUAAAAUGGGCCAAUCUGCCUAAAUAUUCAUUUAAGGCAUCCUAAAUAGGGCAUAUUCUUAUUGUUAAGGUUUAUACAAUGUACAUGUAAAUAGUAAAAUAUUUUUAUGAUUAACAUCAAUGUAUUUUAAUAAGCAUUGUAUCUAAAGUUAUUGUGAAUUAGCUUGUAACUUUUUUAUGCUUAUUCUAGAAAGAAAAAUUGUCCUGGACAGCUUUGUAAAUGUAAUGGUACUUGUAUAUUAUAUGCAUUCCAGUUACUGAAUGUUUACUGUAAUUUUUUUAAUCUGGAAUGUGCUGAGUAAUCUACCUUAUUGUGUAAGAAAAAAAAAAACUUUUGGACCUACCUGCUUCACAGAGACUUCUUCCUUCCAUUCUGGUUUUGAAAGUAUGUAAGAACAGAUAAUUGCAUGUGCAUCAAAUUUCUCAAUCUCUACAACAGUUUCUCAGUUGCCACAAGACCUGCAUCCAGUCAUAGAGCGUAAAAUUGGGAGGAAGAGAUCAAUCUUUAUUCAGAUAACACAACUCUGCCUGUCUCCUGAUAACUGUAGUCUUAGGUAAGGGCUGCCCUGUGGUUUAGUAACCUGCAUUUCCCGCAGCAAAGGACUAACAUGAAGACAUCUCCCUGUAGCAGCAUCAUUUUUUCCCCUCGCAAGUAUGUUGUUAUGGUUCAGAAGCUUGCCUGAGUGUUUCUUUAUGAUUUAACAAAAAAA